AUGGCGCACAACUUAGCUCUUGCUCUGACGCAGCGCAAAGACAGCGUCUUCCAUUCUCGCCGAAUUUCAGGCCUCUUCAUCCCAAAUCUGACAGAAGUUAACGAGAAGGGCCUUAAGCGACAAGCGAGCAACAGUUCGAGGCUUUCCGUCAUACUAUCUCCUGCUCGACAUUCAAAGGACGGCUCUCGUGAUGAGAGUUUACAGGACACAUUCGAUAAUGCUAUUCCUGCCGAAGCACCUACCGACCCUUCUCUCAUACUCGAGAACAAAUAUCCCGCUAUCCGCUCUCUAAGGACCGACGAAGACAUCGGCGACGGGCUGUGGCUGUGUUGUCACUGUCGGCACGAGAACACCAUCCGGCACUACAGGGGCCCACAUCCAUUCCAGUAUCUCCGCUGCGGCAGAUGCGAUCGGGGAAUGUGUACAGAUUGCUACUCUUCCGAAGUUUUGACGCCCUGGCCGAUGGGUAUGAUCAGCGCUCCUCGACCUGCCCCCGGACGCGAGGUGCGCUACUGCCAUGUCUGUACGAACUGCGGCCUGAGCCAUCGAGCGGAGAUGGAGAGGACGACUCUCGAUUUUUACGGAAUUACGUGUUCUGGCUGCGGCACAUCGUCUUAUGGAGACUGGCCAAGAUACCACAUUGGCACCGUCGAGCCGUACCGAAGGGAUCCAAACGAGCGCUGGAGACAAACAUGGGAGCGGAGCUCAGCAUUACGAACCCAGGAUGAGCGAUCACUCGCGGCAUGGAAGGAUGAGUUUGGAUACGACAUCUGCACGUGGGGCUCUGCAUCAAUCCUCAUCCGGAACUCAGGUGACUGUAGUCCAUCCUGUAUCGGCCAAGCUGAUCUAUGGGCCUAG